UGAAGCCAGCAUGUCCAUUUCCCAUUACUGUUUUCCCGAGAGAGAAAACACUCCAAAAGAUUUCGUUUUUUAGCCAGUGACCUUUUGGCAUGGAUUUUGAUGUAAUCAAUGAACCAAUCCUGAAUAAAGGACUAGGUCUCUUUCACACAGCCAAUCAGAGAAAGAUCCUGGGUUCUGAUUUCUUCAACAAGGUGUGUGGUCAUCUAAAGCUGCUGGAGAAAGAGUACUUUGGCCUGGAGUUCCGUCACCAUACUGGCAGCUAUGUCUGGCUUGAACUCCUGAAACCAGUGGCUAAACAGAUAAAGAAUAGCAGUGAGGUGGCAUUCCAUUUUAUUGUGAAGUUUUUUCCUCCUGACCCGGGUCAACUGCAGAGAGGCUUAACCAGGUAUCUCUUUGCCCUUCAGAUCAAACAGGAUCUAUCAAACAGCAGCCUCACCUGUAAUGACAACAGCGCCGCCCUGCUGGUCUCUCAUAUACUGCAAGCAGAAAUAGGGGAUUUUGAUGAGGAGCUUGAUGCUCAUCAUCUUGAAAAUAAGCAGUAUGUGCCAAACCAGGAAUAUCUGGACCACAAAAUCAUUCGCUUUCAUAAAAAACACAGAGGUCACACUCCUGCUGAAUCAGAUAUCCAUUUGCUGGAGGUUGCCCGGAAAAUGGACAUGUAUGGGAUCCGCCCACACCCUGCACAUGACGGAGAAGGCAUGAGAAUCAACCUCGCUGUCACACAUAUGGGAGUGCUUGUCUUUCAGGGAAACACAAAGAUCAAUACCUUCAGCUGGGCCAAGAUCCGUAAAUUGAGCUUCAAGAGGAAACAUUUCCUGAUCAAACUCCACACUGAGACUGGGCCUUCGAGGAGGGACACCGUUGAGUUUUCCAUGGCCAGCAGAGAUGUGUGUAAAGCAUUCUGGAAGACGUGUGUGGAGUACCAUGCCUUCUUCAGACUGGCUGAGGAGCCCAAGUCACAUCACAAAUCCCUUCUCUCCAGCAAAGGAUCCAGUUUCAGAUACAGUGGCAGGACACAGAAGCAACUUCUUGAGUGUGUGGGCUCCAGAGAAAAUAAACAUUUGCCUUUUGAAAGAACCCAUUGUAAGACUGAAUUUGACGCUCGACAAUGCAGAUCCUCUCCUGACAUACUCACAGAUGUCUCUAAGCAGCUUUAUGAACAGUCCAAUCUACCUCCUGACUCAACCGUUGCAGAGCAACAAAACAAACAGUCAGGCAAAGCAAAACGUAGCCUAUCGGCUGUGGAAGUCAUGUUCGCUAACGAGCUGGAACGAUCCAGGCCCUUGCCAAGAAAUCCCGCCUUCUCAAGCAACUCUGCUUCUCCUAAGCUUCGCUCGCUGUCCACAUCAGGAGCAGAACAUCGCGGUAGGGGAGCUCAAAGACAGAAGCCGAAGAAACGGUUGUCUCCAAGCACCCAGCAUCUUGUGCUCCUCUAUCCUAACACGCCCCAUCUGCAGUUCCACCCAGUUCUACCCACAUUUCCACUCGCAACUCACCCAUACCUACUCCAAGGCCACACGUCCUCAUCCCUAGACCGCCUUCCUCAAACCCAUCACAGCUCUUUGCCUUUGCAAUACUUACCCAGACAAAUUGGCCACUCCUUACCAUCCUCUUUGUCACCACUACUACAAAAACAACAGGAAAGGCUCCGGCCAUGUGGCCUAGGAUUGACCGAAUCAAGGUUUUAUCCUAGAGGAGCAGGAGGGCUGAGGACAGGAUUGAACAGGAAACUGGAAUCGAGUAGAGUGGAGGCGGGCCAUUACAGCGAUGACUCCACGUUUCAGACUGGAUUGCCACGUCAAGCCUCCAGCCAACUAGAUGUCAAAUUCCAGCGACCCACACUUGCCUCAAACGCUGCUGCCUACGCAUCUGAAUAUCGUCCACUUGGGUAUUAUCCACACCUCUCUCGACACCAGGUUCCUGCCAGGCCCACCUACCUUCCCCUAAGCCCAUCGCCUCUCCCAGAAAGACCUACCUCUUUAUGCGUUCUUGGCACAGGCAGUUAUAGUGAUUCGGAUUCAGACACCUUCUACCCCUACUUUCCCGCACUGGGAAAAGUGGUACGUUCUGGUCCACUGGCACACAUGCGCUUCUCCUCUGGAAGCCUUCAACUAGAUGAAGAGGAUGGAGACGAAGAGGAAGAGGACUUAGAAGGUCAGAAUGAUGGGGAGAAUAAAGCUCUCACCUCUGUUAAGGUGGUGAAGUUGUAAAAUCUUGAUCUCGGCCAUGAUUAAUGGAUCUGCUGAACAAAUAAUAUGAGUUGUGACCUAUAGACCUUUGGCUAGUAUUAAAGACAGAGGGGACUCAUUAUCAAUUAGGUAUAUGCUGUAAAUACGAAAAAUAAGAAAGAUCUAUUUGCAUCUCUGAUUUAUUGUUAUAUUUUAUGGUAAACUGCAUUGGAAUUAUUUAGUCAAUAAAUAAUUUAUUUCACUAAAUGAUAUCUCAGCUGAGAAUUUACUUCUGUUAAAUGGAUAAACAUUCUGUAAUGAUCUUGAGUAAAUUUUCAGGAAAUCCAGUAAUAAAUCCAGAGUUACGUAUCUAAUAGAAAGAUGCAUCCAUCAGCUAACAAUGCAGAUGUUUGUGAUUGGACAGAACACUAACAACUGUUUCUUUGAUAUGUGUGCUACUGUUGUGAUAUGUAUUUAAAACAUUUUUGCAAGGAUCACAUGUCUUUUGUCAAUAGAUUUUUUAACUGUCAAUAAAUUUUGUUAUUAAAUGAGAUGUAUAGGUUAUUUGUAUAAAAUGUUUUAUUAGCAUUACAUGGUUAAUUACCAGUACUUUUUUUAUUUUUUAUUUGGCUGAACAUCUUUGUUUAACAUUACAAAUGUGUGGGCUUGUUUGCAAUUUUAUUAAAGGGAUAGUUUACCCAAAAAUGAAAAUUAUCUCAUUUAUUCAUCCUCAUGUCAUCUGAGAUGUGUAGACUUUCUUUCUUCUGCAAAACACAGAUGAAGAUUUUUAGAAGAAUAUCUCAGCUCUGGGGGUGAGUAAAUGAUGAGAGAAUUUUCAUUUUCUACCAAAAUUACCUGCCACAAGCUUCCAGACGGAAUGCGACGCACCUCACUGAAUGAUACCUAUACCAACUUCAUCAAAGGAGGGACAACACUCUCUUAAAAAAUGUAACUACAUAGAAAAUGAAUUAACAGCUAACAAAAGCCUUCAUCGGCCAAAAUCAAAGGACAAUGCAUCUACAUGUAUUUCCUCAGUUAAUUCAGGAUGACUUCAAGGACUUUAACAAUAACAUUUAUAGUUCAUACAAAAUAAUUUUGUUUAACCAUUGACCUACAACACACUUAAUUUACUCAUUUUAACCACUAAUAGCUCUAAACUUAAAUAACAAUCAUUGGCAUUAUAUUAAUUAAUUUUCUGUUAUAGUGUAAAUUCCUGUAUAGCUGCUUUGGGGGGUUAGGGUUAGGGUUAACCCAAUUAUUAAUCGGUCUUCGUUUGAUCAUUAAAACAAGUCUGUAGAUCUCUGUUGUAGUUUAUUACAGCAUAAAAUCUACAUAAUGUAUAAGAUUUUGGUAUUUUUGGAUGAACCUUGGGCGUCAUGCUAUACUAUUUUAGCUAUUUUAACUUCCUUCAAAAGAGCUUUGUUUAAUCCCACCCCCACCUCCGAACACAUUCAUAAACUCAAGAGUUUGUUAAAACAUUUUAGUCACAAAGGAAUGUACAAAAAUAAUCAACAACAAAAUCAACAAUGGAAUGGUUAGGGUCAGGUAGCCAUGUAGCUAAAAUGUAGUGCAACAAUACAUACAAUUUCAACAAAAGAACAGUGUAAAUUACAAAGGUAAAUUCACAGUACAGCUGCACAAACAUGUAAACAAUUCAUAAUCUCUAUAAAAAACAAAAACAAACAAAACAAAAAAAAAAAAACACAUACACACACUGGUCACCUCUGUAGAAUAUUUUCAAAGAUAUAUUACAAAGAGUUCAACGAGCUCAGUUGGAAUGAGCCUAAAACACUGGUCACCCAGUAGAUUUACAGUACAUCUUAUAAGAUAGUUAUAAAUCAAUCAAAUCAAUUCUCUUUGAUGGUAUUUACCAAUGAUUAUUAACAUUUGGUAGUAUAUGAAGGUUUUUAUGACCAGCUUUUGCAAUGCAAAGAAAAUAUCAAUUACCUCUUUACAAAGCAGAUGUUUUUAAUUGUCAAAUGUCCUAAAUGUCAUAUUAAUCUCUACCUAUACUAUUCUGUUGGGUAAUGUUGCAGCUGUAGGUCUCAACUGCAGAUAAGAGAGAAGAUUUUAAUGCAGCUAUACAAUUUUGAUUUUCAAAUUAAUGUAAGCUACACAACCACAGACGGUACAAAUAAUAAGCAGCAAUGCCUCUCUAUGAAACAGCAUCAACGAAAGUCAUAAGGUUAAUAAUAAUCUCCAGAAUAUAGUUAAUAUCAUGGAAAUAAUCAGUUAUUCUUAGAUUACCUUUUAAAGUUAGUAAGUGAAGCGUAUUUUGGUGCCUAUGCUGUUUUUGAGGGCGCAGACACAGAAAGACUUGCUAAUUGUUUUGGAGGUGAAAGCCGAAGGGUUUGGUCUAAGCUUGGGAUGGCACUCACGUUAAAGAGGACCAAAUAGAUCCACAGAAUAAUAUUCACUAAAUCUCAAAAGUUAAGAUGCCAGUACACAUUUACUUCAUCAUUGCCUAUUAAUCAGUCUACAGCACAUUCCAGUAAUAUGUGACGUUAAAGUGCAUUGUGUCACUUUGUCAAAAUAUUCUAUCAGUUUAAUCCAGGCCCUAAAUAUAUAGUUACUACACUAAUCAGAAAGAAUUCAAGAAGUUCCAUGGAAGAGAGAAAGAAACAGGGGUUUGGAACAACAUAAGGGUGAUUAAACAAUGACAAAAUUUUCAUUUUUGAGUGAGCUACACAUUCCCCUUUUCUUUUAAACCUUCCAAAUGCUUCAGAGUGGUGUUUUCACUUCCUUUUUCUUUUUUUUUUACUUUAUUUCAUUUAAUU